CUGGUCGGCAGUACACCUCAUUCCAACGCCAUCACCCCAACCGUUAACAACUACAAUAAGAGAAAUUUGUUUUCAACUAGCCGUUUUUUCAACUACAACAGUCCAAGAUGAGUGAAGAAGAGUCACCAGCAGCCGGAGGUGAGGAGGCGCCAGGAGCCGGUGAGGAUGGGGCAGCCCCAAUGCCCGAUACCACCACCGCUGCGCCGAUGGACACGACCACUGCGGGCGCCAGAAUGAUGAUGAACAACCCGUGGCUGGCCGCCGCCGCGGUGGCCCUUUACGCGACCAGGGUCAUGUGGGUCAAGUUUCGCGCCAUCGGGUUGGACAAACAGAAAAAGCGGCUCAAAAACAACAAUCGGCAAGAGAAGUCGAAGCCCGAGGAUAACGAGGACAAUGGUUUAGAAUCUGAAUGCGAGGCUGAUUCUGAUGCAGAAGAUCCCGAGGAUCUAGUAGAUGUGCCCGCAGACGUAGACGCUGAUUUGGAUCCCAUCAAGCGGUUACAAAUCGAAAAUUUCGAGACAAGCCAUCGAUCCAUCGAAGUGGCGACCGCAGACUUCUGAUCCUCGAAUCGGGGAUGAGGGACCAUAAACAGGACACUGCACAAUCACACUAAACACGGACACGUAACUGUUGUAAUGCUUGCGACUUAAGUAGGGGAGGAUCGUCGAAUCCACGUUGGAAACGAACCACCACAUUGGAGGCCACAAAUUAUUAGUUGUUAAACAAAUUCUUGUCAAAGACUUUCGGUAUUUUAUUUCGUUUUUAUAUCGGUUUCAAUGCUGCGAUGAGUAUGAUAUAUAAAAAAAAAAUUUUAAAUUCA